AUGCCAUCUCCUACAGAGCAAUUUGUUUGUCUUCCAGAGCUGAUUCGCUGUGUCGCGAAAGCUUCACACAAUCGGGGACUAUUACACAGUUGCUGUUUAGUAAAUAAAGCAUUCAAUGAUGCAUUUACUCCCAGCUUGUAUUCCGAAAUAUGGUUCCGCUCGGAAAAUGCACAUUUCCUAAUCGAUUUCCCGGUCCUUGCAAACAACGCGGCGCUUCGCUACACCGAGAUACUGGACAUCUCUAUUCCGGCGCAACAUGGCCAGAAUACAAAAUAUUCUAAUGGUGUUUUGUGCGAACUUUACAAUUCAGGGGUGGCGUCUCUUCUGGCGAAAAUGCCACGGCUGACGAGGUUCCGUUUGGACGGCAUAGUGUUGUUCUCAUCUACAUUGGCAGAUUUACAAGAGAAAUGUCCUAUGAUCCAAACUUUGAUUGUUCAUCACAGAGACGACAUCGAAGACAUCAUAAGACUUACCGACUACCACGACUUCCAUAACGGGUACUAUGAAUGGCGCGAUCUAAUUUUGACUCAUAACUUUUCACACUUUGCGAACCUGACCAGUCUUCAGAUAUCAGGACUCCACGGUGAUCUGGUUAGAGCGAGAAAAGACAUUGUCCAGACCCUCUUAAAAUCACCUAACCUGCAUAGUUUGGGCCUCUCAAUAAAUGAGGCGACUGUGGAAAGUUUGAGCACUAUGCUCAAUCCUCGGUAUACGGAUUUUCAGUACUUUCUGAUCUCCUUAAUCAAAGACUUUGUCGACGCAGGCGGAACACCACUACGACUACGGAAGUUGAUCUUGGGAUUUAGUAUUAUGCUGUGGGUGCCAGGCACAUAUUUUAGUGGGUUAACGGACCUAGCGUGUCUAGAGGAAGUCUAUAUCACGAAUCAAGAGUUUCAUGGUGCCAUCGAGUUUAUUGAAGACAAUGAUCAUAUAGCUUGGUCGCUUUUCACACCAGUAAACUGUCCGAAUUUAAACACUAUUGGGAUCUAUGAAUUCAACGACAAUGUCAGGAAAUGGGCUCAAUCCAUACCCCCAGGAUAUAUAAGGAGGCUCAGCACUUCUUCUGCGACGGCUGAAGAUCUGAAUACUGUGAUGGGUACCGAAAGGGCGACCAGAAGGAAAUUGACAGAUGGACCGAGGACACUCACGAUAAACAUUGAGGACAUGUCGUCCUUAGCCUCCGACUUUACGGCUGUCGACUUGAGAGGGAUCCAGGCACUUUCAAUAGUCACUCGUUAUAGAACGCAGGACGUGGAGUCGGAAAUAAUUAGCUGGAUCACCGCGGCACCUGAUCUUGAGCAAUUCUAUUUGUCAACCGAGCAAUAUACUAUUCCGAAAAAGGUGGGCACUGAUGGAACCUCACCGGAAGAUGGCAGCUUAGAGCAUCGAAUUGUGUAUGAAUGUAAGAAGUUGAGGUAUUUGAGGGUGCAGAACAAUGCUUGGCGAGUAUUGAGACUGCCUGAUGGCGGUGUUGGAUUUGAGAGGCUGGACAGAUUUGAGUCUAGAGACAUUGAAAUGUUUCAGCCUAGACAUUUGUUGGGUGGGUAUUAG